AUGACUAGCCAGCUGAAUGCGAAUGCGAAGGAAUGGGUACCAACAGGUGAUUUUUCAGCUUUUUCCCUUCCAGAUUCUGCCGUUGCGGAAGGUGAAGGACUCGAGCAGAAGAGCGGAGUAGGGACGAAUGGUAGCAUGAAUACCGUUCCAGGUUCACCCCCGCAGGAACAAUAUGACACGUUGCAGUGGAAUGACAUGGUUAGUGAUCCUCCUCCGUACUUCCCUUCGUUUAUGCUGGCCGGCCAAAGCAUUUCAGCACCGAAUGCAACGGAAGUUGGUGAGUUUACGCUUGAGGGAAUAGAUUGGAAGAAGGAGUUUGACAACGUCAUGGCUCUUACACGAGAACUCCUUGAGCGGCAGCUUAACGGCGAGCAGGACACUCCGGGAAGACAGGAAGCAGCGGAGCAUGAGGCCGAAAAUGCUGUUUCCAACCCGAAGGGAUUACGUGCGACUCCUAAGACGACACCUGGUGCUGCCUCAAUCCUUGACCCUGCUGCGUACCCUGAUCUUCCGGGAUGUGAUGUAGUGAGACCAUUGCAGAGCGGUAAGUGGCUGAAGGCCGCCUCCGCAAUGAAGGGGAAGGCACAAACUGUACUAACUAACCUGGAAGGUAGGGAGCACAACGGCGAUCGAGUUCACGGCACGUCCCGUAUUGUAGGGGGGCAUGGUAUGGCUUCAAGUGUCGGUGAUGAUGAUGUUGACGAAUUUGGACGGCCCUUGCCCCCUCUCACGGCAAACGGUAACCGGAGGUGGAAAAAACCAACGAAGGGGCAACAGAAGAGGGAGGCCGCUCAGAAAAAUGCGUUCGAAGCCUUCGCUAACGCCCUCUUACAUAGUGUUUCACCUUUUAUGGCACCUCUUCGCGAGCGUUGCAAGACUUCACUCCCGCACAUUAAAGUAGACCAACGCUUUGGAAAGGUUGGACAACCACAUACGGCGGUUGCGCAGUUUGUAGUUGCCCCAUUAGUAACUAACUACCGUCCGCGUCACUUUCAUGACCUUACUCCCGGUGAUCUGAUGGAGUUUCAUUACGAUUUUGCCCAGGUACUGAAGCAGCUGAAAUCAGCGGAUGAAGUCUUGUUUGGUUAUGGUCCCGUGUGGAAGCGCUAUGCCGUUCCUUUUUGUUACGUGAACUGCAAGGAAUAUCGUGAUGAAGUUCUUAGCUUGUGCCCAGAUGAGGUGCCCAACAUGCGGGUGGAGGCGAUUUACGAAGACGAUGUGGUAAAGGACAUCACCGAUGUUGUUCUUUCUGUGGAAGAGUUGGAGCCGCUUCAGAACAUGUCCUUUCUUCAGGCUAUGGGGCGGCGUGUGAAUUUAGCCCCAUUGUUCGAUGCAUUUGACGCUGUGUUCCAACCCAUUGAAAAUUAUCGUAUCAUUAUUAAGGAGUUGCACUCCGCGCCUUCGACGUACCUUAUCCAAACCUCCCAACACGAAGUCAACCAGAAACCUCAGCCCCUCGUUCUUUAUAAUGAUCCCAAAUUGUGGUACGAUUUGCCUGUGGUUAGUCGAAUUAAGGUGGAAUCAACUGUUGGACGUGGUGCUUCCGAGCGCGGUGGUGCGGCGGCUUCUGGGCAACCCGGGGUGAUGUCAGCAUCGUCGUUGGGUGGUCCUGCUUCCGAAAAGGAGGGACAGGGAAGAAAUGCUGCGAGUGGUGGGACGACUGGGAGGAAGGCGAAAGACAUUUCCACUGAUUAUCAAAACUGGGGUGGCUACAGAUUUAAUAGGGCGCAGAUCUAUGGGGUAUUGAUUCCGCUCGUGGGAAGCGCCGCAUUUCUGACGGUAACAGGAUUCAUUUUGUGGCGGAGGAGAAAGACUAAGUGA